AUGGCGAGCAAACAGCACAACCACCUGAUCAGCCUCGUCAAGCAGAUGAUCCCUCCGCUGUCGCCCAAAUUGCACAAGGGGCAAGCUGGAAGGAUUGGCGUCUUGGGCGGUUCGGGAGACUAUUCUGGAGCGCCAUACUUUGCGUCGAUGGGUGCUAUGCGGUUCGGAGCGGACCUGGCGCAUGUUAUCUGCGAACCCACCGCAGGGGCCGUGAUCAAGACUUACUCACCCGAUCUCAUCGUCCAUGCUAUCCUGGACUACAAAAAGUCAGACGAGGACAUCAAGAAGGAGUUGAAAGGGAUCAUGUCUCGCCUGCACGUCCUAAUCAUCGGGCCAGGGCUUGGCCGUGACGACCACAUGCAGAACUGCGCUCGGAUAGCUUUCGGUCUGGCAAAAGAUAUGGAUCAAAUGGGCGUCGUGGUCGACGCGGAUGGUCUCUGGCUGGUCCAGAGCGAGCCGAAACUGGUCAUGGACUGGCCUGGCGUCCCAAGAAUCGUCCUCACCCCAAACAUCAUGGAGUUCAAGCGAUUAUGCGAGGCUAUGAAGAUCGACACCAAAGCCGAGCCACGAACCCUAUGUCCUCAACUCGCCCGCGCGCUACAGAACGUAACCAUCAUCCAAAAAGGAGAACACGACAUCGUUUCGAACGGUAUGCAGAUACCAGCUGAGCUCAUCGAAGGGCAAGGCAUUUCGUCGGAGGAGGUCUUGGAGAAUGAAAUACAGGGCGGUCUGAAGCGGGUGGGCGGGCAGGGAGAUAUCUUGAGUGGGAGUACAGGCGUAUUGAUGGCCUGGGGGAGCGAAUGGGUCAAGGGGACCUACACCGAUGUCGGACAUCCACCACCCGACAGCAAGGCGAUUGCAGAGAACGUCCCCCUGCUGGCGGCAUAUGGCGCGUCAACAUUCAACCGGACAGUGUCAAAGCGAGGCUUUGAAAAGAAGGGGCGAUCCAUGGUGACUGGUGAUCUGGUAGAUUUGGUGGGGCCAGUAUACGAAGAGGUCUUUGGCAAGGCGCGGGAGGACGACGGCGCGGGGUCAAAACUGUAA